AUGCUCAUUGAACUGAUGUGCAAGUAUUCUGUUGUCAGGACGAAAAGUUAUGACGGAAUGGCAAGAGAAUGGAUGUGUGCUACAAUGUUAAGACGGUGUUACUCCCAUUCGUUAAAAAUUUUUGGACUGAUAUUUGUGAUCUUGUUUUUAUGGAUCGAACUUUGUAUUGUGAACAUAAAGUCAGAUAUGUUUGUUUCACACAAAAACCAUUAUGGUGAUCCGAAACUUGCUUUUCUUGCCAAUUUUAGUGCCAUUGUAAAUUCUAUCAGCAGCCCUAAGUCUGCUAAUCUCUCGUUGCUUUCAAAUACAGUUGUAAAAAUAAAUGUUUUACAAACUGUUGCAAACUUAGAAACAUUUGGACCAUUGAAGAAAAAUGGUGUUGUAAUUGUGAUUCAAGUACAUAACAGAACUCAGUAUCUCUAUGCACUAAUAGAGUCCUUAAAGCAAGCUCAGUAUAUCAAUCAAACCCUUCUGGUAUUUAGUCAUGACUUAUUUGAUGUUUACAUCAAUGCUCUCAUACGGAGGAUUGAUUUUGCAAAAGUAAUUCAAAUUUUUUAUCCUAAUUCCAUUCAACUUCAUCCAAAUGAGUUUCCUGGUCAUGAUCCAAACGAUUGCCCAAGAAAUAUGAAAAGAGAAAUUGCUUUGCAACAAGGCUGCAAUAAUGCCAAGUAUCCAGAUUUAUAUGGGCACUAUAGAGAAGCAAAAUUUACUCAAACAAAGCAUCAUUGGUGGUGGAAAGUAAAUCAUCUGAUAGAUGGUUUACAAAUAACUAGUAAACAUACAGGACCAGUUUUGUUCCUUGAAGAAGACCACUAUGUUGCUCCUGAUUUUCUUUACCUACUUACAAUGAUGGAGAAUGCCAGAGUAAUGAUGUGCCCUCAAUGCAACAUACUGUGUCUAGGAGCCCAUGUGAAAUCUUGUAAUUAUGCUGCAUUCAGCAGGAAGGUAGAAAUCACUAAGUGGAUAUCUAGUAAGCACAAUAUGGGAAUGGUAAUAAACAGGUCAUUGUGGCAGCAGAUAAAAAAGUGUGCCAAGGCAUUUUGUUCCUUUGAUGAUUACAACUGGGAUUGGUCAUUACAACAUGUCAGCGCAUCUUGUUUGCCAUCUCCAUUAACUGCCAUGGUGGCCAUUGCACCUCGCGUCUUUCACAUGGGUGAAUGUGGUCUACAUCACAAAGGAAGGGAUUGCAGCAGUGAUAAAGUUGUAUAUAAAGUUAUGAGAGUCCUGGUUGCUUCCAGCAAACAUCUGUUCCCUACAUCAUUAACUGUUCACCAAAGUAUAAGAAAACCAUUUAAGGCUCCAAAAGGCAAUGGUGGGUGGGGUGACGUAAGAGAUCAUAUUCUGUGUUGCAGUCAAGUGAAAAAUUCCAGCAUUGACUGCUCCCAGUAUAAUUUCAUCUAG